GCUCCGUCGUAUACGUCGCCGUAUCCGGCCAACUAAAUUCUAGGGUUUGCUAUGACGUGGCGAGUUAUGAUUGGGUGAUGCUCGUCACACCUUGAAUCAUCUAGCAACAAAGAUAUUCACGGUCGAGUCAAACAAACCUUUUCACUACAGUCAUGAAGAAAUUAGCGAAUGUGAUUCAAAUUUCUGCAAUUACGGGGAUCUCCAUAUUGGUUCUACUAAUUGCAGCUACAUUAGUUUCAGCAAAGUCCGGAGAUGUAACGGAGUUGCAGAUCGGAGUCAAGCAUAGGCCAGCAUCUUGUGAGAUACAGGCACACAAAGGUGAUAAAAUCAAAGUUCAUUAUCGGGGAAAACUUACUGAUGGCAGUGUUUUUGAUUCAAGCUUUGAAAGGGGAACCCCAUUUGACUUUGAGCUUGGCAGUGGUCAAGUCAUAAAAGGAUGGGAUCAGGGGCUAUUGGGAAUGUGUGUUGGAGAGAAGCGUAAGCUGAAGAUACCUGCGAAAAUGGGUUAUGGAGACAGAGGUUCACCACCUAAGAUCCCAGGUGGGGCCACACUUAUAUUCGACACAGAGCUUAUUGCAGUUAAUGGAAAAGGAGCAGCUGGAGUUGGAGGAGACGACAACAGUGAGCUAUAGCUAUGAUAAUCCCAGUGAGUAAUUUACAAGGAGAGCAAUCAGUUUCAUCAAUUUCAAGUAAAAUUCAUCAUUCGGAUUUGUUUUGUAACCAUAAUUUUACCACUUGUUUGUAAGAUUAUAUUUAACAUAUGAAUUAUUUCUUAGAAAAGAGGUAAUUAAUUAGCUUCCAUGAAUCAUCAGUGGAUGUGAGAAUUGGAAAUACUCCAUCAGAUUGAGAUUUGAUCAAUUAUGCUACUUCUAUACGUUUUGUGCUA